AUGGGCUCCCUCGGACACGCCACGCCCGCCUACACCGUCCUGGACGACACCCGUCCGGACGACACGUCCCUCCCGGCCUUCAUGGUGUCGACCACCCGCGGCUUCCUGCCCCGGAUGGACCCCAUCGUGACGCUGCCGGCCGAGUUCGACGUGCUCGAGUCCAUCCUGCAGCGCAUGCCCGUCAAGACCUUGUCAGGGGAGCCGGGCCUGCUGGCCGAGAGCAAGCUGGGGGAGACAGUCACCAAGGAGCUGCCCGACCUCACCGACGCCGUCGACAAGUACAAGGCCAACCUGCCGCUCAUGAACGCCCUGUACCGGGACUACUCCUUCCUCGCGUCCGCAUACCUGCUCGAGCCCUGCCACGAGCGCUUCGUCAGGGGCGAGGAGUACGGCCUGGGGCGUGACGUGCUGCCGGCCAACAUCGCCCGGCCCAUCGCCAAGUGUGCUGCCCUCUGCGGCUUCAAACCCUUCAUGGAAUACGCCGGCUCCUACGCACUCUUCAACUACCGCCUAGUCGACCCCACCCAGGGGCUGGCCUCCUCCAACAUCCGCCUCAUCCGCGCCUUCGAGCACGGCCUGGACCCCACCUCCUCCGAAGCAGGCUUCGUACUCGUGCACAUCGACAUGGUGAAGCACUCGGGCCCGCUCGUCGGCGGCGCAGCCGCCUGCAUCACCGCCGCCAGCAACCCCACCCCGCACCGCUCGCGCAGCGCCGCCAACGCCGGCCUCACCCAGGUCCUGACCGCCAUGCGCAAGGUCAACGCCACCAUGGAGACCAUGUGGGCGCGCUCGCGCCCGACGCAGUACACGUCGUUCCGGACGUUUAUUUUCGGCAUCACGGCGCAGUCCAUGUUUCCCGAGGGGGUGGUGUACGAGGGCGUGGAGGAGCUGGGCGGGAAACCCGUGUCGUUCCGCGGGGAGAGCGGGGCGAACGACUCGAUGGUGCCGCUGGUGGAUAACUUGUUGGCCGUGCCGAUGCCGCAGACGCCGCUGACGGAGAUCCUGCGGGAUUUCAGGAGCUACCGGCCGGGGGACCAUCGCGGGUUCUUGGAGUGGGUGAAGACGGUGGGGGAGGAGGUCGGGUUGAAGGGGUGGUUGUUGGAUGUGGAGGGAAGGGAGGCCGCCGGGGAUGAGAUGACGAGGGAGAGCAGGGCGUUGUGGAUUAUGGUGCUGGAUCAGGUGCGCGAGUUUAGGUGGCGGCAUUGGUGCUUUGCGAGGGAGUAUAUCCUCAAGCGGACGAGCCAUCCCACCGCUACGGGUGGGAGUCCGAUCGUGACGUGGCUGCCGAACCAGCUGUCGGCGGUGAUGGAUGAGAUGGUGAACCUGCAUGAGGCGGUGGGCGGGAACUUGGGGCCCGAGGUGGACGAGAUCAUGGAUCUGGUGGGCCGGCAGAGGGAGAUGCUGCGCAAGGAGGUGCGCAAGUUCUGCGAGGAGCGCGGUGUCGAGGCGAACGUGUAG